CCUCUCUCUCUCUCUCUCUCUCUCUCUCUCAAGCCUGUUUCUGUUGUUUUUCCCAUCAAAUUAAGAACAGAGGAGGGAAGGAAUGGCCACAGAGGAGGCUCAGCUACGGAUUCCGAGAGUAGACCUCACAGGGCUGAGACUGGAGCACGUCGGAACGGCCCGCUGGGACGCGGCGAGAGAGGAGGUUGCGCGAGCGCUCGAGAGCUAUGGGUGCUUUGAUGCCGUGUACGAUGGCGUCGGCCCGGAGCUUCUCCGGACGCUGUUUGGGAAGGGAGCCAAGGAGCUGUUUGGGCUUCCACUGGAAACUAAGAGGAAGAACUCUGCGGGGACGCCAUACCAUGGAUAUAUAGGUCAGUUGCCGGGCUUGGACUACGAGAGCUUGGCUUUGGAGGAUGCAGAGGUUAUGCGAGGUGCUGAGCGCUUUACUCGGCUCAUGUGGCCCGACGGGAAUCCCGAAUUUCGUGAUACAUUAUGCUCCUUCGCAAAGAAAUUGGUAGAGUUAGAUCGUCUUGUUCAGAAGAUGAUCUUGGAAAGCUUGGGCGCUGACAAAUACUUUGAUUCUCACAUUGAUACCACUAAGUACUUGCUUCGACUAGCAGAGUAUAGGGCUCCACAAACUUCGGAAACCAUAGUGUGCAUGCCUGAGCAUACUGACCAUAGCUUCGUGACUAUAAUUUGCCAAGAUCAAGUUAGCGGCCUUGAGAUACUGACUAAGAACAGAGAUUGGAUUACAGUUCGCCCAUCACCCGAUUCCUUCACCAUCAUGACUGGUGAUGCAUUUGAGGCAUGGAGCAAUGGAAGACUGGUUCCCCCACGCCAUAGGGUCGUUUUAAAUGGUGGCAAUACAAGAUACUCUUCCAUCUUAUGUUCGUUUAGGAAGGACGGUCACCUGGUGCAAGCCCCAAAUGAGCUAGUGGAUAAAGAACAUCCGAUGCUCUUCAAGCCAUACCUUCACGGUGACUACCUCAAUUUCUGCAUCACAGAGGCUGGCUAUAAUGCACAACAUCGCCUCAGGGCUUUCUGCGGGUUGGGAGAAAAGGGAGAAGAAGUAUAAACUUCUCAUCAGACAUCUAUUACAUUUUAUUCCAGGUGCCAGCUCAAACCUAGCCCAAGGAUGGUUAAUAUGGAAGAAUGUAUCUUUAAGAGAGUGGUUAAUACUUAAACAUGAGUUAUAUUAGAAGAUUCUCACAUCAUGCUAUGGAGUUGAAUAAUGCUAUAUAAGAAAGAACGAUCUGCCGAGUAAAGUUUGAUAUUUAAUAACAAUCU